AUGUUAACCCUCAGAAACAAGAUAAAGAACCUUGAUGCAAAUGUGACACUGAAAAUGCAUGAAUGGGUUCGGAAGAAGAAGGCAAUUCAGACUUGGUUGUACAACCACAGCCAGAGCUGUAGUCGAUGGGCUCUGAUCAAAUAUGGUGGCAGUUGGACACUGAGGAAGGUGGUCAUGCACCAUCACAAGAAAUCAAUCAACAAAGUGUUGGAAGAAGCCAAUAUCAAGCAGGGAUCCACAGAAAUGAUCAAGUCUUAUCAGAAGGCUGUCAACACCAUCAUGAAGUCCCUUACUGCCAAGGAGAUACAGGAGGCCAAGGCAUUGGCAAAAGAAUGGAAUGAGCGGCAGCCACCUUGGGAUGUUCAGUCAGAAACCACAGAGAAGAAAGGCUGUAAAUAUGCUGAGGAAUUUGCUAAGGAAAUGUGGAAGCAGUGUGGUGCCAGGGUGGUAGUGAUGGCAGCAUGGGAAGAUGCCAAUGGAGAGAUAUUGACCAACUUGUCCAGAUAUGAUUUCAAUGAUGAAUUGGGUAAUGGAAAAUUAUUUGAGGAGUUGGACAAGUGCCAGGAUAAAUUUGUAAAGUAUGCACAAAUGGCAUUUGGGAAUGGUGGCACCGAUGCUGAGUCACCAGACAAAGAUGCUGCUCCACAGUCAAGGCAGAGGAAGAGCAAUGGGAAACCUAAAACCAUCCUGCUGAAUGGUGGCAAGCAAGAAAAGAGUGGAAUCCCAACAAUAUAUUCAGCUUCAAGAAGUAGAGAGAUGCUGGAGGGUCCCUCUGAAUGCUGGUGGCAGAUGCCAACAGCAGUGGAGCAAGGAUGUAUGAAGGAAUGCAACUGGAACUUAAAUGUGCAGCAAUAUUAUCUAAUGGGGAACACAGUUGUAGGGUCUGAUUCUGACAAUGAAUCCAAUCUCUGUCAAAUUCCACCAGCAUUGCCAUCAAACAGAAAUGAUGGUACAGGCACAUGCAUGGUGGAUGAAGAUGCCACAGAGGCAGUACCAUUGCUGGAUUCCCAGCAGUGGAUUGCUGGAUGCCAAGUGGCUGAGGGUAACACCUGCCAGCCAAUUGCCAUUGGCAAGGAACCAUCAAAUGCCUUGCAGCAGGUUGAGGGCAGUAUCACAAGCCCUGUGCAACCUGUGCCUGAUGCCCACCACAUUGAUUCACCUGAUUCAGUCCACCUGGCAGAUCCUUUGGCAGUGCCAACAACUAUCAGGAGAGACCAUAAACAGGAAGAUUCAAAGUGCAAGUUGCCCAUUCCAUCAAUGAUACCCACACACCAGACCAGCAUAGACAAUGCGAGGGGUGUGGAAGGCACCAAAGUGGCCUGA